AUGAGCUCCGGUCAGGACAGCGAUCUGAAGUUACCCAUCCAGGAGGUGCAUGAGAUGGAAAGUUUGUCGAAUAAGAACGCCUGGGAUAACGCAGCAUACGAGGGCUCGCCUCCGAACUCCCCUUUCAAAGUGCAGGCUAUCUACAAUCCCAGCUCUUUCCCAAGCAACCCUUACGGAUGCGAGGAGCCCCCCGUGUACCCGGAAAAGAGCCAGUCUUCCUCGGGAUUUUGCACAGCUCUGAGUAACGGAAUUCGCAGUUUGUGGGGCACAAAGCUGACUGAGAACCUAAGCAACAACCCGGAGCUGUACAUCAGGAGAACUUUACGUGAAUUACUCGUUUAUAUCGUUUUCCUUGUGGACAUUUGUUUGUUGACUUAUGGAAUGACCAGUUCAAAUACCUACUACUACACCAAGGUUAUGUCAGAUCUCUUCCUCUCAACAGCAGUAGAUACACAGGUCACCUUCCAAACGAUCCACAGCAUGAAUGACUUUUGGGAUUAUGCACAGGGUCCAUUGCUGAACGGAUUGUACUGGACCAAAUGGUACAACAGUGAUCUGAUCUCACAUGGUCCUCAUUCAUUUAUUUACUAUGAGAACAUGCUUCUGGGUGUUCCCCGAAUCCGACAGAUCAAAGUCAUGAAUAAUUCCUGUGUAGUCCAUAAGGACUUUCGAAAAGACAUCAUUGGAUGCUAUGAUAUCUAUACAACAGACAAUGAAAAUAAAUCGCCAAUCAAAAAUGGAAGUGCGUGGAUUUACUACUCUGAGAAAGAACUUGGAGGUUCCUCGCACUGGGGUAAAAUAACUGUCUACAGUGGUGGUGGCUAUUACCAGGAUCUCAAGACAAGCCUGAAUGAAAGUGCUGCAAUUCUGCAAGAUCUGAAGGACAACUUGUGGCUGGACAGGGGAACUCGUGCCAUCUUCAUUGAUUUCUCAGUGUACAAUGCCAACAUUAACCUCUUCUGUGUUAUAAGGCUUGUGGUGGAAUUCCCUGCCACAGGUGGUGCAAUACCUUCCUCACAGUUCCGCACAGUGAAACUGAUCCGUUACAUCAACAACUGGGAUUUCUUUAUCAUAGCCUGUGAAAUUAUCUUCUGUAUCUUCAUCCUCUAUUACAUUGUGGAAGAAAUACUGGAACUUAGGCUUCAUAAGCUACAGUACUUCAAAUGCAUUUGGAAUUGCUUGGACCUGGUGGUAAUUCUGCUCUCCUUGCUCUCGAUAGGAUUCCACAUCUUCCGCACCAUUAAAGUGAACAUAUUAAUGGGAGCACUGCUGACCGACCCAGAAUCCUAUGCUGACUUUGAGUUCUUGGCAUUUUGGCAGACCCAGUACAAUAAUAUGAAUGCCGUCAACUUGUUCUUUGCUUGGAUCAAGAUCUUCAAAUAUAUUAGCUUUAACAAGACAAUGACCCAGCUGUCGUCAACUCUAGCUCGAUGUGCCAAAGACAUUCUUGGCUUUGCAAUUAUGUUUUUCAUUGUUUUCUUCGCCUAUGCUCAGUUGGGAUAUCUUCUGUUUGGAACCCAAGUGCAAAACUUCAGUACCUUUCUCAAGUGCAUCUUCACUCAAUUUCGAAUAAUCCUUGGAGACUUCAACUUUGAUGAGAUAGACAAUGCCAACAGAAUCUUGGGUCCAAUUUAUUUUGUCACCUAUGUUUUCUUUGUCUUCUUUGUGUUGCUGAAUAUGUUCCUGGCCAUUAUAAAUGAUACAUACUCAGAGGUGAAGGCAGAUCUUUCCAAUCAGAAAAGUGAACUUCAGAUUACAGACAUCAUUAAACAGGGCUAUAAUAAGGCUUUGAUGAAAUUGAAGCUGAAAAAAGAACGAAUUUCUGAUGUGCAGAAAACUCUUCAGAGUGGAUCCAAGAAGCUGGAUUUUGAAGAUUUUAGAAGCAAUCUUAAGGACUUGGGCCACUCUGACCAAGAGAUCAAUGAUACUUUUGCAAGAUAUGACCAUGAUGACAAUAAAGUCCUGGAUGAAGAAGAGCAGAUGAGGAUGAGAAAUGAAUUAGAAGAAAAGAAGAUCGCUCUGAAUGCUGAGAUAGAGAAGUUGGGAAAGAACAUGGACAAGUCAACAGUUUUCAACCGUUCUGCUGACUUUGAUAAUGUGAAGAACAACAGCAACAAACCAAACGGCAGUGUGACCAAGGAGGAGUUCCAGGCGUUGGAACGCCAGGUUGUUCAACUCGAACAUUCCAUAAGGAACAUUAUAUCUAAAGUUCAUGCGAUCUCUGCUAAACUUGAGACAAUGGAAAAAGGAAAAGACACAAAGGGAAAGUUGCUACAGAGUAUCCCAGAGAAUGAAAAAUGUGAUCCAAUGGAGAACCUGUAACAUUCAAGAAAGAGAAG